AUGAAGGCGCGAAAGGCGAGCGUGGAGGCGGCGGUUUCCGCGUUCAACGCGAAACCGGGGCUCGGGUCUUUAGCGGGAUGCCCGGAUCUCGACGUGCACGAUCCGGACGCGGUGGCGGCGUUUUUACUCGCCGCCAAGGGGUUGGAUAAGACGGCGAUAGGCGAGCUGCUCGGCGGGUUCGACGACGACGAGGUGGCGGUCAUGCGGGCGUUCGUGAAAUCGCACGAUUUCGUCGGGAACGAAUUCGACGUCGCGCUCAGGCGGUUCAUGUCGGCGUUUCGGCUCCCCGGCGAGGCUCAAAAGAUCGAUCGACUGAUGGAGGCUUUCGCGGCCAAGUACUGCGAGAAUAACCCGAACGUCUUCGCCGACCCCGACGCCGCGUACGUGCUUGCGUUCGCCGUCAUCAUGCUGAACACCGACGCGCACAACCCGAACAUGGACACGAAGAUGACCAAGGCGGAUUUCAUCGGAAUGGCCACCAGCGCGGAGAGCGGCGCGAGCAUGGACGUCGCCAUGCUCGGGACGAUAUUCGAUCGCAUCGUCGGCGAGGAGAUCGUGAUGAAGGACGAC